AUGGAGGGAGAGGAGGAUUGCCUUGUUUCUGUCUGUAUGGUGCCAAUGCUUUUGUUGUUGAAUUGGGGAUUUCGCAUGGGCUCUGUUUCUUUUCUUGUUCUAUUUUUUCUCUCUCAUUCUGUGCUUCUUUCCUCUGCUGAAGAAGAAAGGAAACACCCUCCAACUUGUCCACCCUUUGACUGUGAAAAACUGGGCCGGCUUCACUUUCCCUUCAAAAAUGAAACAAACUCAGAAUGCGGAUUGUGCACAAUAAUACGAUGUACUGAAGAGCUUCCACGGAUCCAACUGGAAAGGGAAGGAAGAUUUUUUGGGGUGAAAAAUAUCUCUCAGGCUGAUACCAUAGUAAUUCAAGAUGAUUUGCUUAAAGAGCACUUGCAAGGCGGCAUAUGUGAAUUGAUUGAUAACUUAACUCGUUUCCGUUCUCCUUCUGUUUCUUUCAAACCAGUACCCCCUCUAGCCGAACUAACCCUGUUCAAAUGCCACCGUAAUCUCAAUAUUGUUCUUACCACAGAUCAUACCUAUACCGGUUGUAAGGACUACAUUAUCCACUAUAAUCAUCCAAAUCAUACUUCCAUUACUCCACCUCUGCCUCAUAAUCAACCAAACCAUACUCCCACUCUUCCACCUCCACCUCCACUGGACUGUUCUAUUAUUCAGUAUCCAAUAAACAUGAGUUUAGGAAUGGACAACCUGGUUGCCCUGUUGACUUCUGAUAUCACUCUUGAAGUGCAUCCGUCCCGUGAAUGUUGGAAGUGUCACUCUAGUGGAGGCCAAUGUCUAGAUGACGAGGGAAAAUUCCGGUGUGCACAUACAGGGAAUGACAAGCGACUGAAGCUAGCCCUAGGAUUAGGUAUCAGUGCCGGAAGCAUUACCAUCUUAAUAAUUUGUUUCUUUAUCAUCUGGCAGAGCCAUAAGAGGAAGUAUGCUCCAAUUUUCCUCUCAAGGAACACAUCUUCAGAUCCCUCUUCAAAAUCAGAGUUGGAAAUAACGGGAGCGUAUUUUGGCAUCCUCAUUUUUCCCUACACUGAACUUGAAGAAGCCACUAAUUAUUUUGACCCUGACAGAGAAAUUGGAGAUGGAGGUUUUGGAACUGUAUACCAUGGACAACUGCGAGAUGGGCGAGAGGUUGCUGUCAAGCGCCUAUACGAGAACAAUUACAGGCGGGUUGAACAGUUCAUGAAUGAAGUUCAAAUCCUCACUCGUUUGCGCCACCGGAAUCUUGUCUCCCUUUACGGCUGCACCUCACGCCACAGCCGUGAACUCCUUCUGGUUUACGAAUUUAUUCCCAAUGGCACAGUCGCUGAUCAUCUCCACGGGGAUCGAGCAGAUUCAGGCUUACUCACAUGGCCUAUCCGAUUGAGUAUUGCCAUAGAAACUGCCACCGCAUUAUGUUAUCUCCAUGCUUCUGAUGUUGUACACCGGGACGUGAAAACUAACAACAUUCUCCUAGACAAUAGUUUCUGUGUUAAAGUCGCAGAUUUUGGGCUUUCACGACUCUUCCCCACCGAUGUUACCCAUGUCUCAACCGCUCCACAAGGGACUCCCGGCUAUGUUGAUCCAGAAUAUCACCAAUGUUACCAGCUUACAGAUAAGAGCGAUGUUUACAGCUUUGGGGUUGUCCUUAUUGAACUCAUAUCAUCACUGCCUGCUGUAGACAUUAGUAGGCACAGGCAUGAGAUCAAUUUGUCUAACUACGCUAUAAACAAGAUACAAAAAUGCGCAUUUCACGAGCUGAUAGACCCGCAUCUUGGAUUUGAUUCAGAUCUUGCGGUUAAUAGGAUGACUACUCUGGUGGCAGAAUUGGCCUUUCGCUGCCUGCAACCUGAUAAGGAAAUGAGGCCUUCCAUGGAUGAAGUCUUGGAGAUUUUGAAGGAAAUUGAGAGUGACAAGCAUGAAUUGGAGAACAUGGACACAGCAGCGGACAGUGUUGGAUCCUCGAUGCGUAAGCCGCCAUCACCUUCACCAGAUUGUGAUGAAGUGGGGAUGUUGAAAAGUGUCCAGCUGAUGCCAUCACUAGAUACUGUGACGGCAAUGGCCCAGUAGGUCUACUACACCAGGCGCCAGUGCUUAAGUUUUCCUUGUAUUUUGCCUUUUUUACGCAGGAGAUGCUAAAUAUAUCUGAAACAUGUAACCAGAUGUAAAUGAAAGGGUUAAUGUUCUUUCUCAUCUUUGUAUCUUUGUUUUGUUGUCCUUGUACCAGAGAUGAAUCUCAGAU